AUGGUUCCCUCAGAUGCAGAUCCAUGUCGUCUUCACUGCUCAUCUCCAACAGAUGUUCGUGAUACUAAAACUCAUGUGUCCAGAAAUUUUGCAAGCAUCUCUACAGGCUUCCAUAGCAAACCCAAGUCCAGAUGGACCAUUGGUGACAUUGACAUUGGAAGGAAACUGGGGGAAGGUCGCUUCGGUUCUGUGCAUCUUGCAAGGGAAAAAGCUAGUCGAUUCGUCAUUGCUUUGAAGAUUCUAUCAAAGUCUCGACUAAUAACACAAGAACUAAUGAAACAGGUGCAACGAGAAAUAGAAAUACAGUCACAUCUAAAACAUCCAAAUAUUGUUCGUAUGUACAGUUAUUUUUACGACAAAAAGCGUAUAUAUUUGGUUCUUGAAUACGUUCCUAAAGGUGAACUAUCCAAAGAAAUCAAUCGCUUUGGUCAUUUUGGCGAUAGUCGCGCAGCAACUUACGUAUACCAACUUUCAAAAGCUCUUUCUUACUGCCAUCAAAAUGAUGUUAUACAUCGAGAUAUCAAACCAGAAAAUAUACUUCUUGGGGCUCGUGGUGAAGUAAAAAUUGCAGAUUUCGGUAGCGCAGUUCAUUUACCAGCGUCACGACGUAUGGCUACUUUCGGUACGCUUAAUUACCUGGCUCCUGAAAUGUUCCAUUUGGAGUGUGUUCAUGAUCAUCGUGUAGACAUAUGGAGCUUGGGAAUACUCACUUUUGAGAUGCUCACUGGUUAUCUGCCUUUUGAUGGUAAAACCUUUCAGGAGAUUUCCGAAAAGAUCCAAACUACUGAUGUUUCAUAUCCGGAUACCUUAAAUCCGUGUGCUGUAAAGCUUAUUACUAGUAUGCUUAAAAAGUUGUCGAGUCAGAGGAUUUCUUUGAAUGAAGUUGACAAUUAUGAUUGGAUUAAAACGCAUGCUGAAUUUUCUGUCAAUCAGUGCAGAGCAGCUCUUCAAGAUUGGGAAAAUGUUAGUAGUCAGAAUUCUACUUGUCCUUCAUCUAGUAGUUACGAAUGUUCAUCUACAUUUAUAAAUACAUUUCUAAAUGACUAA